AUGAUCAUCAAGAAGCGAAGGCUUGAAGGAAAACUGGUGGAGACUACUCUGUUGAAUUACGACAGAGCAGUACCCCCCGAAGAAAGUUUGAAGAUGGUUUGCGGAGCGUUCUACUUACCCAAAGACAACGAGCUGAAGCCCGAAGGCGAGGACGCUCACUUUAUUUGUUCGGAGAAGCAGGCCAUUGGCGUGGCUGAUGGUGUCGGUGGUUGGGCUAAAAAGGGUGUGGACGCCGGCGAGUACGCGCGAGAACUCAUGAACAAUGCUUUCAUCGCGAUUCAGCAACAACCCGAUGGAGUUCUGGAUCCAAAAAGGGUUUUAAACGAAGCUUUCUUGAACACCGAGGCCGAAGGUUCAUCCACAGCUUGCAUUGCAAUGCUCAAGGACAAUAUCUUGCAUUCUGUCAACGUGGGAGACAGUGGAUUUCUGAUUUUCAGGGACAAUAGGCUUUUGUAUCAGUCGCCGACACUGCAACACUACUUCAAUUGUCCGUAUCAGUUGGGAAACAGCAAGACAUGUGAUCGGCCAAGUUCAGCUGAAGAGACAACAGUCCCGGUCGUCCCAGGAGACAUCAUAGUUCUUGGCACGGAUGGGCUCUUAGACAACGUGUACCCAACAGAAAUCGAGGAGGUUCUAAAGGAGAAAACUUUAGAAGGUGUAGUCGACCCUUGGCAAUUGGCUUUAACUAUUGCAGUAGACUUGGCGUUUUAUAACUCGAUGGACAAAUGUAGUUGCAGCCCAUUCGCAAGAGCGGCUCAGUUGGCAGGGCAGAAGCACAUCGGGGGAAAGAUCGAUGAUAUUACGGUUGUCGUUGCGCAAAUUGUAUCACAAAAUUAG